CCCCACUACUAGCUACUAAUUAGUUAUCAUCAUCCAGCAAUGGAGAAGCAAAGGAGCGAGGAGCAGCUGCUCCCUGGACCUGUGAUCAGCCAGUCGAAGCGGCAAAAGUCCACCUCGGCUCGUCGGUGGCCGUCAAAGCUGGCGCGGAUCGUAGUCCUAUCGCUGUGCACCUUUGCCCUCGUCGGCGAUCUGUUCAGUCAUCGGCAUGCGAGCAAAAAGGUCAAUGUUAUCCUCAUGAUCUCCGACGGCUAUGGCCCCGCGUCGGAGACAUUUGCACGUUCCUUCUACCAGGCACUCGAGGGAAACACGUCGCCUGAUGCGCAUUUCCGCAUGCCCCUCGACAAGAUUCUCCUUGGCAGCCACCGGUCGAGGUCGUCAGACUCGCUCAUCACUGACUCGGCUGCCGGGGCGACGGCGUUUGCGUGCGCGAAGAAGAGCUACAACGGCGCGAUUGGCGUUGACGACAAGGCCAAGCCAUGCAGGACUGUGUUUGAGGCGGCAAAGCAGCAUGGCUGGCUCACCGGCGUUGUCGUCACCAGCCGGCUGACUGAUGCGACGCCAGCUUCUUUCAUUGCUCAUGUCCCAUCGCGGGCCCAGGAGAGUGACAUUGCCGAGCAAGCCUUGGGUCUAGGUGGCCACCUCGACGCCCGCCCGCUCGAUCUCGCAAUCGGAGGUGGCGGAUGCUACUUUCUCCCGCAGUCUCAUCCUGCCUCGUGCCGGCCCGACGAAAACGACCUCGUGUCUUCAGCCAAAGAGCAGGGCUGGAACACAAAGGUUGUCUUUGCGGAAGGGGAUCGCGAGCCAUCUCUCCAAGACAACACGAGUCUGCCUAUGCUCGCGCUCCUCUCGCCUUUCAAUACGCCAUACGAGAUUGACCGACUGGCGCUCUCGCCCUCGCAGCGUCUUCCCUCGCUCUCGAGCCUGUCUCGCACCGCACUCAACGUGCUGCACGGGUCAAAAGACAACAAGCGCGGAUUCCUCCUCAUGAUCGAGGGCUCCCAGAUUGAUUUGUGCGCGCACCAGAACGACCCUGCAUGUCAUGCGCGCGAAAUCGUCGCUUACCAGCAGGCUAUCAAGGAUGUGGUCGCUUGGGUCAAAGAAAGAAAUGCUGAAGGCGAGCGGACUGUCAUCAUUUCGACGUCGGACCACGAAACAGGAGGUGUCACGCUUGGUCGGCAGCUUGGCGAGCAGUAUCCAAACUACGCCUACUACCCACAAUUCCUCCUGCCUGUCCGGCAAUCUGCCGCGAGCCUCUCGGCAAGGCUGCUGGCAUUUGCACGGACGGCGCCAGUACCGAGCCAGGAGGACAUUCUCUCCUUUAUCCAGACCCAGACUUUUGGCAGAGACGGCCUCGCGCUGGAUGAAUCGACGGGGGGAAAGCCGAAAGACGAAGAGGUCAAUAGGGUACUUAGCUGCCUCAAUACGACGCCCGCAGAGGGAAGAGCAGAAGCUUGGAUGCAUGACCACGGGGGCGCAGCAAUUCUCGCCCCGCCCAUCGACCCGACCGAUGACUGCCGCAAAGCGGUUGCCGACAUCUCCUCGCGGCGAGCACAGAUCGGCUGGAGCACCAGCGGCCACACGGGAGUCGAUGUGCCUGUGCAUGCUUCAGGAUACCGGAGUGAAAAGCUUGUCGGCAACAUGGAGAAUACCGACAUUGGCCUCUUCAUCGCUAAGACGCUGGGACUCAAACUGUAGAAGAGACCGGACACUCCAUGGAACAGUAUGUUGUGGCUUACAGGUGCCUCUGACGAGUGACGACGCGGACCCGAAAAUUGAUCGUCGGGUCAAAGACCGAGAACGUGUGCAGGACCGACCCACUCUCUGUCGCGACUCCAACAUAAUCAUGACUGACUUUGCCCGAUGCUCUCAAUUGACUGCCUUGAGUGGUGGCUUUCUCUGUCCUAUUGAACUCGGACUCUCGGA